AACCAGUAAUAGCCCUGAGUGCAUAGCUCCACUUCCUGAUCCACCUGUCCGACAGGUUUUCAGACAGCAGGCGGGUGGACAGACAGACAAAACACACCAUGGACGGAAUUUUCCCGAUGUUUUGACGCAAUUUGGAGGAUUUCCCCCCCCUCAUCGUCACCGGAGUGGACCCACCUUGAAAUCCAAUAAUGUGUCGACUAGUCGCAGGAGAAACGACUCUCAAUGUAGUUUUGCUGCUGUAUUUGUUCAGCGUUUUCGGCCUUUCCCGAGUUUCCGCCAUUAAAGUGAGCACUCCAGCAGAGCUCCAUGCAUCUAAAGGUGACACGGUCACGUUGUCCUGCACAUUUACCUCUACAAGCAGGCCAACUAGCAAAAUGUCUGUUCACUGGUCUUAUAGACCACAGACUGGAGGUCCACCACUGUUGUUUUUCCAGUUCUCCUCUCGAGCAUUUCCUCCGCUCAACGGUCAGUUUGGCGGUCGGAUCCAAUGGCGGGGAAGCCCUGCACGUGGGGACGCCUCCAUCUCUCUGAUCAACGCAACACUGAAUGAUAAUGGGACAUACAUAUGUGAUGUCACAAACCCUCCAGAUGUCUACGGGUCCCCAAACUCCCACACCGUACUCACAGUUACUCUGAAGGCACCCACCAUCCGCUUCUCCGAUGUUGCUGUACUCCUCACCUUCAUCCUCCUCCCUUCCGGCCUCAUCACCCUCUUUCUGAUUGGACGGAUGUUCUGGCCCAAGAAACAGCGCAACCAAUCAAAUUCCUACAGAUCACCCAUAGAAGUCACAGAGGGAGAGGAGUGUGUCACCUAUCCACAGGCAGCCAACGUGAGGAGCGCCACAUGCUGUGAACUAUAUCUACUGGACUCUGAGGAUGAGGAUGAGUACCACACUCUAAAGAAGAGGCGUCCCAGUAAUGAAGAGUAUGUUGAAUCUCAGUGCUAAAGAACAACAAAACCCUGGUACUAGGUGUUUAAUAACUGGAACUGGAAAACAAUACUAGCCUUCUUUGUCAGCAUUCGCUCAUGAAGUGUACUUUUUUUCUUAUUUGAGGCAUGUUUAGAAUGAAAACCAGCUGAGGUCUGAGGGAAUAAUCUUUCUCCCUGUGUCAGUUACAUUCUAGAUUAGGUGCUUCUUUUAUUUUGUCUGCAGUACAGCUAAUAAAGUUGGCUCCCUUAAAUCAGAUGGAACCUGACAAAGUAAGCCAACAGAGCACUAUACAUAUAUAAAUAUAUUUUUAUAUUCUGAUUUACAUAUGGUAUUUCACUUUAUUGUGAAGGACACACAUGUGUGUGUUGGUUUGUUUUUUCUUUUUCCUAAUUUAUUGCCCGUGUCAAAGCAGCUGUAUUUUAUCCAGUUGUAGUGUAACAUUUCUGGUGUUUGAGAUUAAGACAGAAUAAAUUUGAUUCAGGAUUUUUGCUGAA